CAUAAGUGUGCGUGUGUGUGUUUGCCUGUGUUUGAGUGUGUGUGUGUGUGCGAGUCUAAGCGCAGCGCUUGAAAUGAAUUGCUGCUGACUGGGCGACGGCGACACUGCCUCUGCGUGGCCAAAGCUGCGGCCUCAGCCUCGCAUGGCUUUUGUAUUGCGCCAUAAACGUUUCGCUGCUCGUAACGCCACAACGGCCGACGCGGACACAGCGCCAGCAGCAAAGACCCGCACCCACUUGUGCCCGCAACCUUACCCGUCGCCCGUCUACUCGGCUACUCGACUACUCGUCUACCCGUGCCCGGCAACGAAACCGAGACAGCGAUCCAACGACACGGACGCAGCAAAGCCCCAGUCAAACGUCGACAGCCACAGCCACAGCCGCAGCCAAGCAGCCAGGCAGCCAGGCAGACAGACAAACUCAAACCCAAGUCUCCACUAUCGCCGCAGUCGCCAACUGCUGCGCUGCUCGCGCCUCUGCCAGCGCUGGCAGCAAAAAUUACCAAUUACACGAAAUUUUUAUACUCUUUUAAAAAUUUCGUUUUAUUAUAAUAUUUAUUAUCGUGGCGCGCAGUAGUGUCUGCGGAACAGCGCUCGCAGCUCAACUCAACUCAGCUCAGCUCAGCUUGACUUGGCCGAUCUCCGAUACGAUCCGAUCCGAUCUGUUCCGAUUCGAUUCGUCUCGAUUCGAUUCGCCCCGCGUUUACAUUCGCAUUGCAAUCGCUCUGUUUAUUAUUUUGUGGCAUUCUUAUUGUGUUAAACUGUUGCCGCUUACUACGGGCAUUCGAGUGCGGUUAAUAGUGAGCACGAAGCGCGCGUAAAACUCACGGCAGCAGCCCAGACCAGGAAUCAUAAAUCGCCAGCUAGUCAGGCAGCAUCCGCUAAGCGCAUUAAAGCAAUAACAACUCAACCGACCCGACGCGAUUCGGCAAGCUUGACAAAUUUGACAAGUUCCCGAGCUGAGCAAAAGAUAUGUGCAAUGUCAAAAUUUGUUUUCGAUAGUAUGCUGCCAAAGUACCCACAGUUUCAGCCAUUUAUCAGUUCGCACUUAACUACAGCAUCCACAAAUUCGUCAUCAGCAGCAGUUGCCGCCGCCCUCGCCGCAGCCGCCGCGUCCGCAUCGAACGUCUCCUCACCUGGCAUCCACUCGGGCAGCGCCAGCAGCAGCCACUUGCAGUCGUCCUCGCUGUCGCCCAGCUCCAGUGGACUGCAGCUCGCCAGCCAGCUAAGCCAGCAGCACUUGAGCCAGUCCUCCAACUCGCCGGUCUCCUCGUCGUCGCCCUCGUCGACUGCGCAGCAGCAACAGCAGCAGCAACAGCAGCAGCAGCAUCAGCAGCAGCAACAGCAGUCGCAGUACUCGUCCCUGUCGGCCGCUCUGCAGCUCCAGCAGCAGCAGCACAUCAACAAGUUAGCCGCCGCUGCAGCUGCGGUCAGCUCCCAGGGAUCCGUCUCUAGUCUCGGCGGCCACCCGUCGCUGAGCCACGCCCAUCAGCAGCUGCUGCUGACUCCCCCCUCGGCGGGCAACUCCCAGACCGGCGACAGCAGCUCAUCGCCGUCUCCUGCGGCCGGCUCCUCCUUUGCCAUACCCACCAGCAAGAUGUACCCAUACGUCUCCAACCACCCGAGCAGCCACGGCGGCCUCUCCGGCAUGCCGGGCUUCUCUGGACUUGAAGAUAAAUCAUGCAGCAGGUACACAGACACCGUGAUGAACAGCUACCAAUCGAUGAGCGUGCCCGCCUCGGCCUCCGCCAGCUUCGCACAGUUCUACCAGCACGCGGCGGCAGCCUCGGCGGUGUCCGCGGCCAGCGCAGGAGCCAUCGGCGUCGACUCGCUGGGCAACGCUUGCACGCAGCCCUCGUCCGGCGUCGUACCUGGAGCCGGUGGCGCUGGCCAGAGCAUAGCGGAUCUGCCACGCUAUCCCUGGAUGACGCUCACAGAUUGGAUGGGAAGUCCCUUUGAACGCGUCGUUUGUGGCGAUUUUAAUGGCCCCAACGGUUGCCCCCGACGCCGAGGCCGCCAGACUUACACACGCUUCCAGACGCUGGAGCUGGAGAAAGAGUUCCACUUCAACCACUACUUGACGCGGCGACGACGCAUUGAGAUCGCGCACGCGCUUUGCCUGACCGAGCGCCAGAUCAAGAUCUGGUUUCAGAAUCGGCGCAUGAAAUUGAAGAAGGAGCUGCGCGCUGUCAAAGAGAUUAACGAACAGGCACGCCGUGAUCGCGAGGAGCAGGAGAAAAUGAAGGCUCAGGAAACUAUGAAAUCCGCCCAGCAGAACAAGCAAGUGCAGCAGCAACAGCAACAGCAGCAGCAACAGCAGCAGCAGCAGCAACAGCAGCACCAGCAGCAGCAGCAACAGCAGCAGGAUCAUCACUCGAUCAUUUCACACAAUCCGGGGCACUUGCACCACUCCGUUGUCGGUCAGAACGAUCUCAAACUUGGCUUGGGCAUGGGCGUCGGAGUCGGUGUUGGCGUUGGGUCUGGCCUCGGGCCGGGACUGGGAGCCGGCCUUGGCGGAAAUCUGGGAAUGAUGAGCGCCCUUGACAAGAGCAAUCACGAUCUUCUCAAGGCGGUCAGUAAGGUCAACUCCUAAACGGCAACUGGAGCACCCUUCAACUAUCAUUACCGCUACCGUCAUUACCACCCCUAACAACCUAUGUCAUCGCCAUCGCCAUCGUCGCCAUCGUCGCCAUCGUCGUCGUCGCUUGAUGCCUUGAGUUUGGCGUUUUUCGUCUCUUCUGUGUAAUGCGAAAAGCAAAGCAAAACAAAGUUGAUAACUCAAAUACGUAAAGUUUUACAUAGUAAAUAGUCGUCUAAGUCUACAUAUAGCGCAUAGAAGUAUAUAAUCUUAAAGCCAAGUACAUAUGUAAAUCUAUACAGAACACACGCAUGAUCAAUGAUGUGCACAGUGGGUCGCAGACGAUUUGCUGCAGGAGUUUGGUCCAUGCAGCUACGAAGGCUUUCCCCAUUUUAUAUAUUAUACAAAUUUCCAUUCACACAGUUUCCCUAAUUCGUAGACGUUUACCUAGUGAUAGAGUAUAUAGGCUUUAUGCAAUGUCCGUCUGGUCUGACUGGUAUCCCAAUCAGUCCAUUGCAGAUUAUACAGAGAUAUCCGAUUGAUUUCCUACCACCCCUGCUCCACUGUGCACAUCAUCUUCAUAUUAAUGAACCCAUUGAUCUAUAGUAAAGUAACAGUGAAAUGAUUAGGUAACGCUGACGAGGGCAGAAGCGCUGAAUCGUACAGGCUCACAGGAGCGCAAGCAAUGAGCGAUAUUUAUAGUCAAAGGAUCAGACAGUCGUUGGCAUCGGCCCACUGGAGGGAGUUUAGCGAGCGAGUUUAACUGUAAAAUUAUUUACGACUGCUGUAGGAUUACAUAGUAUGGUAAAGAAACGUUUAGCCAUGUUUACAAAUACAUGUAUGAAUUUACAGAUAUAUUUAUAUUAUAGUAGCCCGUCGUACUUACGGGCGUUUAUAGAUACGUACGUACAUUUUUGUACUCACAUAAUAUUUAUUGGAAAUUGUGUUUGUUUUUUUUUUCUUUCCGUUCUUCAAGUGAAAAACUCUUCCAAUAUUCGUUUGAUUGUGUUGCAUGUUUUUGCUGUAUUUGUUGUGUAUGCUUUUAAUGCUUUUCAACUUUGCUAAGACGAAAUACAAUAGUUCCGUCAAUGCCAUAUUAAUAUUAAUUACAAUAACAAGUAAGCUUAGGAAUUCGAAAACGAGAAAGUGAACAAGAGUAAACUAGAUCUAAAGUAAAAUUACUAAAGAAGCGCAAACAAUUCCCCCAUAUGAAAGAAAGAACUAAGUGUACUGUACUGUAAUGUGUAAUGAAUGGUAUGCAACAUACCCAAAAGCAUAAUAUCAUGAUUUCAAAUACGUAAAAUACUAAUACGAUAAUAACUACAAACAGAAAACAGAACAAAAGAGAUGUCCUUUUGCCAGUGACUAAGAUGUAAAAAAAAAAAAAAAAAAAUAAAUAAAAAAUACAAAAAAUACAAAAAAAAACUGAAAAUUUAUUGUAGGUGUGUGAAAGGCGUUGAGUGAUGAACGCUAAAUAAUUAAACUACAAAUAAUUCUGAAAUACGUAUUAGCUUAAGGUUGCAACAACAACAACAACAUCUACUACAAAAUAAUUGCAGUUUAACUAAUGAAUCUAAAAUACAACAAAAUUAAAAAAAAAAAGAAAAUAAGAAACGAAAAGAAAACACUGAAUAGGCCAA